CAGGGGGCGGGGAGGAAAGAUGGCGGCGCCCUGUAGCCGGUGAGGAGAGAGGACACGGGCAUCCCGGGGAGCGGCCAGACUCGUGCAGUAUGGCCUCAUCCCCGCAUACUCUCUCCUCACGCCUCCUGACAGGUUGGAUGGGAGGAUGUGUCUGGUAUCUGGAAAGGAGAGCCGUGCAGGAAUCCCCUCAUAAAUUUAUGCAUCUUUUCAGGAGCACCAAUAAGCAGUGGGUGACAUUUCAGCACUUUAACUUCCUCAAGCGCAUGUAUGCCACACAGCUGAACAGAAGUCUCAACCAACAAGUAAAACCGAAGCCAGAACCAGUGACAUCUCCUUUCCUUGAAAAAACAUCUUCAGGUCAAGCCAAAGCAGAAAUAUAUGAGAUGAGAUCUCUUUCGCCCGCCAGCCUGUCUUUAUCCAGAGAGCCAAAUAAAAAAGAAGUGAUAGAACUAGAAUCUGCCUCAAUAAUUGAAGAUUCAGUUGAUGUGGAGAAACAGACAAGAGAUGAAAAGCAGUGGAAAGAGAUGAAGCUGCACAUGGAUGACUUGCCAGGAAUUUUGGCUCGCCUGUCCAAAAUCAAACUCACAGCUCUGGUUGUAAGUACCACUUCUGCUGGAUUUGCGCUAGCUCCAGGACAUUUUGACUGGCCCUGUUUCCUGCUUACUGUUGUUGGAACAGGACUUGCAUCCUGUGCUGCGAAUUCCAUCAACCAGUUUUUUGAGGUGCCAUUUGACUCAAACAUGAAUAGGACAAAGAACAGACCUUUGGUUCGUGGACAGAUCAGCCCGCUGCUGGCAGUGUCCUUUGCCACUUGCUGUGCUGUUCCAGGAGUUGCCCUUCUCACCUGGGGGGUGAACCCACUCACAGGUGCCCUAGGGGCCUUCAACAUCUUCCUGUAUACCUGCUGUUAUACCCCACUGAAGAGGAUGAGCAUUGCCAACACGUGGGUAGGAGCCAUCGUGGGGGCCAUCCCACCCGUCAUGGGCUGGACAGCGGUCACCGGCAGCCUUGAUGCUGGAGCAUUUCUUUUGGGCGGAAUCCUCUACUCCUGGCAGUUUCCUCAUUUCAACGCCCUGAGCUGGGGCCUCCGGGAAGACUACUCCCGAGGAGGCUACUGCAUGAUGUCGGUCACCCACCCGGGCCUGUGCCGGCGCGUCGCCCUGCGCCACUGUCUGGCCCUGAUUGGACUGUGCACAGCAGCCCCCGUCUUGGAUGUCACCACAUGGACCUUCCCCGUCAUCUCCCUCCCCAUCAACCUGUAUAUUUCCUACCUCGGCUUUCGAUUCUAUACUGAUGCGGAUCGGAAGAGUUCCAGGAAGCUAUUCUUCUGCAGCCUCUGGCACCUGCCCUUGCUCCUGCUUCUCAUGCUCACCUGCAAGCAGACAGCACGUGGCAAAAGUGACAGUGCAGAGCCUCAAAGCUGAAAUCAGCUGACUUGUGGGGAAGAAAACAAAACCAAAAUGAUACUGAGAGACGCACAAAUUGUUUCCCUUUGCUCUUAGGCAAGAAUAAGUUGGUAAUUCUGGAGUAUGGGGAAUCAUUGGCUUUGGGACAAGAUUGUAAAUAAUUUGGUGCUCAAUGAUCACUUGGCAUUUUUUUUUUAAUGACAAUAUCCAAAAUACUCCCAAAUAAGAAAUGGAUCGAUUCAGUAGACUAGUGCAGAGAGGCUAUUUUUCUUUCAGUCUAGAUAGCUCUCCCUCUAACUUGAUCCCAUUGUUUCGAGUCUUCCUUGGGAAGAUGUACAUGUGCUCCUCUCCUCUGCUGCUCCCCUCUCGUCACCCCUCCCCCCGACCCCCACACACUCAGUGGUAACUGGUGGCCAGAUAGGUGAGCACUGUUCUCACACAGCUCUGAUUCUGUUGUUUUGGGGGCCUUCAGGCAGUAUCAGAGGAAAUGCACACUGCAGCCACUGUACCCCAUUACUGGUGAAUGAGCCAGGGCCCCUGUUCUGGCUUAUUCCACCACACAUACUUUCCCUCAAUGAUGAUAGAAUAUCAAGGUUGGCUUGCGGCACAGCACGCAGAGGGAGGAUUCCAAACGGUUGCCUGGGGGAUCUCAGGCUGGACUGCCAGCCCGGCCCUCCAUCCCAUGGCAUAUCAGCACUUCACAAACUCCCGGACACUCAAAGGCAUCGUUAUAGUUUGCUCUCAGGUGCAGGAGGUGUCUAACGUAUGAGGUAGCGCUAGGUUUUAUUCCAGAAAUCCCUCUAGCUCUGGUCCAUUCCUGAUCCUCUUCAUUCGCUCCUGCAGACCAUCAGCUCCUCUUUGUGGUGUGGCUUUUUCAGAGCCAUAUGAUAAGGGAAAUCAGAAAAAAAGGGGUGCCGGGCUGGCCAGUUCGCAUUUGUAGUCCCUUUCUUUAGUCGCACCCUGCUGUCAUCAGGCUCAGACAGCAACCUCCAUGCGUGCGACAGCUUUAAGAGCCACAGCAGAGUUACUCCCCGUGGGGUGCUUCCGGUUCUGGAUGCUUUUCUAGUUCCCCUGAAGGCAGGUGUGGCAGAGGUCACCUGUUCUUCCCUCAGUCCUCCAUGUCUGCCUACCUGUGGCAUCCCACUUGGCCAAAGCCCUUGAAGCUUAACAGGAUGUUUUAAUUACUCAGUCUCCAGGGACUCUGCUGCCCUGUAGCAGACUGGAAUUUAAGCAACAUUUAAACAGUCGUUGCAACAUGCCUAUUCUCUCAAAAAUGUAUAAAGCCACUGCAGGUAGCAUCUGAUCCCUGUUCCUAUUUCUCAGAAGUAGAACCUGCAGCUAUAUCCAGGUUACUUAAUGUGAGGAACAUGGCAUUGGGAGUGUCUGGAAAGAACAUCUACAGCCCUCAAAUUUGUAAAAUGUAUCAGUUUCUCUUCCUGCUGAAAUAAACUGUUAUAUAAAACCA